AUGAUUGACUUGAAAGGUAAAAAUGCAUUAGUGACUGGUGGCUCAGCUGGUAUUGGAGCUUCAAUCUCGACUCAAUUGGCUCAAGAAGGUGUCAAUUUAGUCAUAAAUUAUGCCCAUUCAAAAGAAAGAGCUGAAAAAUUAGCCAAAGAAUUGUCUGAAAAGUAUAAAAUUAAAGCAUUUGCAGUUCAAUUUGACAUAUUCGAUACUGCCAAUUUAUAUAAAUUAGUUGAUCAAACUGUUGAAUUACUUGGUGGUAUAGAUAUCCUUAUUUCAAAUGCUGGAUAUACUAAAAUCAUUCCAUAUUCAGAUUUGGAAUCUUUAGAUAUUGAACUAUGGGACAAGACAUUUAGUGCCAAUGUUAAAGCUCAUUUCUUUUUAUUUAAAGCAGCUAAAACCUAUUUUGACAAAAAUAAACAAGGUGGUUGUUUUAUAACUACUAGCUCAAUUGCUGGUAGAAAAGUUGCCGGUUCAAGUAUGCCUUAUUCUGUUAGUAAAGCUGCUUUAAUUCAAUUGACUAAAUUUCUUGCAAAAACUCAACUGAAUAAUAAAAUUAGAAUUCAUACUGUUGCUCCUGGUUUAGUUUUAACUCCAGAUUGGGGAGCUAACUUUCCACAAAAGACUAUUGAUAAGAUGACAAAUGAUUCUCCAAUUAAACAAACUACUGAUGUUGAUGAAGUUGCUAGUCAAUUUGUUUAUUUAUGUAAAUUAUCAACAUCAACUGGUACUGUUACUGGUCAUGAUGCAGGAUUGCAUUUAUAG